UCAGAGAACAUCAUGGGUCCAAAAAGGAAACCGAAGGAGAUUCCAAAACCUGUUGCUGCAACUAGAGCGAGCAGAGGAGCUAAACCGGAGAAACCUGAACCGAAACAGAAAACUAGGAAAGAAAAGGAAACUAUCCAGAAACCUGAACUGAGUGUAUUAAAAGGACAGAAGAAAAUCCAGAAACCUGAACCUACUACAAAGCAAGUCAACGAAACUGUUGAAAGACACGAACCUAAAAAGAUCACAAAAAAAGUGAAGAAAACUACUGAGAACCCUGAACCUGUACAGAUAACAUUAAAUGGAUCCGAGGCACCCCUGAAACAGAUCAAGCCCCGCAGAUCUUUAUCUAAAAAUGUACCCGUAAAUGAACCUGAGAUGAAUAAACCCAUCUCCGAGAUACAAGCUGCACUAGAAACUAAGACUCGAGGAAAGCCCGGAAGGAAGAAGAAAGUUGUUGACGUUCCUAUGAAGGGGAAGGAUGAAUGUGUUGGGAUGAACCUGGAUGAUAAAACUAAUGACUCUGAAAGUAUAGACGAUGAACCUAUUACUGAAGUUAAAGUUGGAGCCCGGAGGAAAAGAGGAAUGAUUAAACCUACUGGAGAAGAAUCUCCAACUAAAAAGUUUGCGCAGAAACGCAAUUUUGGGUUUACUGCUUGCUUGGAGAAACCUAGUUCCUGUUCUCAAACAUCUAAACCUGACAGUGCACUAGCUGUUAAACCUGUAUUCUCAACACUAUCUACACAACUGGAGAAACUGAAAUCUAAUCCUAGAAUUGAAACCAAAAAAUCUUUGUGUAGCAAGGAUAUAUUAAAUCUUCUAGAGGAUCUGGAUCCAGAAACCGAGAACGUUGUAAAACCAUCAGUCCCUGUUGCUGGAGCUGGCAGAAAAAGGAAGAGUUUGCUCCAGGUGGAGAAACCACCCGAACCUGAUCCAGGUCCUGAACACAUACCUGAGCUCGAAACAAGGAAGAAGCGGAUUGCGUAUGCUCGAUCUAAGAAAGCAGAGUUAGAUCCCAAACCUAGACGAGGUACUGCAAAGAGUAAAUUAGACCAGAGUACUAAGAACAACACGAUCAGAUCUUCUCCGCGUAAAUCGAUUCUUUCCAACUCUAAGGAGAUGUCCUUUAAUCAAACAUCGAGCCAGGGAAACACGAGUUUAUCAACACGGGUUCCGAUCUGGAAGAAGUCGGUCAACUUAAGCCAGAUGGAGGAUGUUGGCAAAAAGGACGUUUUUGAUCCUAAUUGUUACGGAGAAGAGGAGUUUGGACCAGAGGAUGACGGAGCAGUUAAGAAGAAGACGAGAAGGAAGAAAAAGAAGGACAAUAAGGGAAUCCUUGUGUUUGGAAACCAAGGAUCUAAGAAAGAUAUUGAGAAGGUUGUCAAGGAAACUCAUCACUUAAAAACCCCUGUCGCAAAAAGAAAGCCCGCUAAAAAUAUUCCGAAGAUUGUAUUGUCAGAAUUCUGCCCUCCCCCGGCUCCCACCCAGCAACGACCUCCACCUAGGACUGAGCAGAGCGGUCUAGGAUAUUCCAGUGAUUUUUCAAUGGGAGCACACAACUUUUUCGACUCAGCUGAUCAGAUACCUCAGAUUGAGAUGAGUAUUCAGAACUACAGCAGUGUUCAGUAUUCUAGUAGUCUGAAGGUUCCUACCCGGAGUAAACCUAAGAUACAGAGUGCUGAACCCGAACCUGUACCCUCUACAUCCUCUGUACAACAUGAUCCAGUGACCUACAAAACCCCGUCAGUUCCGAAAACAUUUUCCAAACUACUGAGAAAUGAUAAAUCCUCCACACCUAAACUUGAACCUGCCAAACCUAAGGAACCUGAGUCCAUUAAAGAACAGAUACAGAAUGCUUUUGGAUUUGAUGACACAGAUGACGAUGAGUUGAGCGGAAGUGAGAGUAUGUCCCUGUCUCCGGUUAAGAAUAUGUCCGGGAUCGGAGGAAAAACAGUUAUGGAUGUUUCAAGGGUAUCUGCACUGCACAGUUUCCGUGAAGCAAGUAAACCAGCUGAGAAGGCUAAAAUUGGGAUGUACAGGUUUAAUGGUGUCCCAACCCAGACUGGAAUAAUGAGACAGGUUGCAGCGAUACUAAAGAAUAAAGUGGAUGAAAGUAUCUCAAACCAGAUCAGGAAACACGAGAAAGGAAGAUCAAGUCCCAGGAAGAAGAAACCAAUCAAACCUAGUCAACCCAACCCCAGUCAGCCGAGACUUGAACCUGAACCUGAGAAGGAUAUUGGAUCCAGCACCUUGUUUAUAGAAGAUCCUAAACCUGAAGACAGGGUUGAUCUAAACAUUAUCAAUCCAACCAUUAACCAGGACGAAAACUCUACUCAGGACCUGGAAAAGGAAUCUCACAGUCCCAAGAAAGUUUUAGCUCCCCGGAAUGCUUUUGAGGUUUUAAAGUCUGGAAAGGGCCAGCGUAAGCCAGCAGCUAAAACUAAGAUUAAAAAGUUGACGAAGAAGGUCUCUAAGAACCCUAAACUAGAACAAUCCUCAAUCCUUGAAUCAAUGUCUUCAAGUAUUGCAAGUAAAAUUAACGGAAAGGAUCUACCUAGGAAAAGAGUUCAAACCAAGAAGAAGAAUCUUGCUGUGAGUCCGGAGAGAAAGAAUUCGUCUGACAAGGAGAACAUCGGGAAGGUAUUUGAAACAAGUGUUCUCUCUGUAUCCAGAACCUACAGGCCCAAGAAAGAUAAACCCAGUGUAUCCUUUGACCAAUCCAUCCCAUCCUCACCUAAACAGAAGAAACAUACUCAAAAGGAGAAGAAAUUAGAUCAAUGGGCGGCUCUGCAGACAUCACACUUCUCAGAAGUUGAAGAGUUCGAUCUUUCAUUUGCCUAAGCGCAGUCUAAAUCCUCCAUAUUCAACCUUAAUCUUUCAUAUGCAACCUCAAUCCUCCAUAUUCAACCUCAAUCCUCCAUAUUCAACCUCAAUCUUCCAUAUGAAACCUCAAUCCUCCAUAUUCAACCUCAAUCCUCCAUAUUCAACCUUAAUCCUCCGCAUUCGAUCUCAAUCCUCCAAAUUCAACCUUAAUCCUCAUAAUUUAACCUCCAUCCUCAACAUUUUACCUCCAUCCUCAACAUUUAACAUCAAUCCCCAACAUUUAACCUCAAUCCUCAACAUAUAACCUCAAUCCUCAACAUUUAACCUCAAUCCUCUACAUUUAACCUCAAUCCUUAACAUUUAACCUCAAUCCUCAACAUUUAACCUCAAUUUAACAUUUAACCUUAAUUCUCAACAUUUAACCUCAAUCCUCAACAUUUAACCUCAAUCCUCAACAUUUAACUACAAUCCUCAACAUUUAACUUCAAUCAACAUUUAACCACAAUCCUCAACAUUUAACCUCAAUUCUCAACAUAUAACCACAACUUAACAUAUAACCACAAUCCUUAACAUAUAACCACAAUCCUUAACAUAUUACCAAAAUCCUCAACAUAUAACCACAAUCCUUAACAUUUAACCUCAAUCCUUAACAUUUAACCUGAAUCCUCAACAUUUAACCUAAAUCCUCAACAUUUAACCUCAAUUUUCAA